AUGGAGCACUAUCCCCAAUUGUCAGAAGUGGGCGGGUUUGAUUUCUUACUCUAUCAAAGAGGUGGCGGAAGUGAUGCUGGUUUUCAUGUGAUAAGUCCACCACAUACAGUUAAUCGGCUUAAAGAUUUGUGUGGACAAGCGAAAAUCUAUAUACGGCCUGUUCAAAAAGACAUACCAUUGACAUCAAAAACCAUCUCUGAAACUACAUCUACAGAAAUUGAGCCUUGUACAGAGAAUGAGCUGAGUAUGGAAGACUCAAGUCAG